AUGUCGUCCUUCAAAAGGCGAGUCAACCCAUCAUCCGGCUCCUCCACCCCGGCUCCACUCCCAGCCGGCGUCAAGCCCUCCUCGUUCUCCUCGCCGGUCCCGCUCAUCUCAACGGGCGUCCCCGCCCUCGACGACCUCCUCUCCGGCGGCGGCCUCUCCUCCAGUUCUGACCUCCUCAUCCUUCCCGCCACGGGUACAGCUGCACAAUCAGCAGCGCAGAUCGGUGCGUCCAGCUCCACGGCAGCCACAUUGGCAGAAACGGACCAUGCGGCACGAGCGGCUGCGGAGCCAUACGUCGAGCUGCUGCUGGGCUACUCGGUUGCGCAGGGGAUAGCGUCAGAUCAUGUGGGGGUGGUGAUUGGGGAGGACGUGAGGGGGUUAGUGGGCGGGUUGAUGGCGAGGGCGGGGAACUUGGAUGAACAGCUGUUGGAGAGGAUUGGGUCCAAGUCGGCAAUUGUUGAACAAGAUCCUGCGCAAGCUGGGCCCUCGGAUCUCCUCAGUACUGUCGGUGACGAGGACGAUAACGAUGGCUCAGAGAGUAAGGGACCAGAAGGGGCAGCAACUGUAGAGGAGCAAAAGACGGGUGACGCGCAGAGGGAACGAGAGAUGAAGAUUGCUUGGCGCUAUUCCAACAUGAAACAGUUCAACACCACCGUGAACGAGCCCAGCAGUCCAAACUCGAGCACAGAACCAACUCCAUUCUGUCACACUUUUGACCUCAGCAAACGCAUCGAUGGCCGUAUCAUCCAGCACGCGGUCGACCAGGGCAAGCUCGAAAUGGUCGACAUCUCGACCGCCACCCACGCAGCAGGAGCAUCCGGCUCCAACGCCUACGGCUCCAACGCCUACGAGGUAGCAUACAAGCACAUCGAAGCAGCAGCACAAAGGUGUCGACAUCACGCAGCUUCUGCACCGGUAUCUGCCCCGCCUGUGCUGCGUGUUGCCAUCCGUGCCCUCGGUUCACCCGCCUGGACUGUCGCACGCGGCCAGUCGCGGCACACCGAAACCAUCCGCUUCCUGCACCGACUCAAGCGGCUCCUACGAUCGCUUUCGCUCGUGGAUCACUCUGCGACGGCAUCAGCGCGAGCAGUGACAAUACCUUCCAUGGCGGUGCUGAGCGUGUCCUCGUUCCUCCUGUCUCAACCCUCUACUCCACGCGGCGGCGGCGGCGGCAGCACCAGCAACCUAGCGCAUCGGAUGGUGCACAGCGUCGACUCGGCCAUCUCGAUGAGCGCCUUUGCCAGCUCGUCUGCGCUGCGUUCGGCAUUCUCGGCCUACACGGGCGCGCUCAAGGUGCUCAAGACGCCCGCAGUGGGCACGCUGACCAACCCGUCGAUCCGGGCGUCUGUGCUGCGCGGGAUGGGCACGGGUGCUGGUUCCGGCGCUGGUGGCAAAAGUGCGACCAGCGGCAGUGCAGGUGGUGGGGGCGAAGGCGGUGCAGGUGGCGGAGAGAACAAUCUGGCGUUCAAAGUCAGGAGGAAGCGGCUGGUGAUCGAGACGUUGCAUCUGGACGUCGAAGGCGGGGUGAGCGAGAGGCGGACCAAGCCGCCUAAGAAUAGCGAGGAGGUCACUGGCACUAAAGACGCCGCACAGAGCGGUGCGGCGAAGACGAGCAGCACUGGAGCAAGCACGUUUGUCCGCAGACAGCCAGCAGCAGCCGUGCAAGGGAUUUCCUCGGCGGCUGAGACGACUUCGGGAACAGCAGCGCCGAAGAAGUUCGCCGGAUUGUCGGCGCUCCGUCAACGUGGAUUGGCUGCCGCGGCCGCGGCCGCUACAAGCAGUACGAGCGGUACAACUGGCGGGCAGAACAAAGAGUACGCUGUUGAAGUGGAUUCCGCCAGCCACACCGCGCACCACCACCCGCACCCUGCAAAACGCACACCGCACACUGCGCAGAGUCGGGUCGCUAACACGCGAGCGGAGGACCUUGAGUUCUGA